AUGGCAAUGGCAUCGAGAGGCUCCGGAGAUCUGCUUGUGGCGACGCGGUGGCUGGGGUUGAUCGCCGGGGCGCUGACUCUUGUUCAGUGGUGUUUUAUUCUGCCUUCGAAAAAGGUAUCUUUAUCGGUGGCUGACGGCGACUUUCUUCGCGAUGUAAACAAGGACGGCUGGAGAUUCGCGCUUUUCUCCUUCGUUCCAGAGGUCUUCAUCGACGUCUGGACACCGUUUGUGAUGGGUCUCAUAUCAGUGUUGUGCCACUUUAAUUUCUAUUCAAUCGAUUUCAACUCAAAAAAUUUUGCAGUCUUCUUUGUUUGGAACUGCGUCCUGGCCCUGUUCGGCAACCUCGGCUACUGUGGAGGUAUUGGCAUUAUAUCAGGGUCCGUGUCUUUGAUUACUUCUUUCCUUUCUUUGAUUUGUUUCAUCCUUGAUCGAAAUGCCGACGCCCGUCUACACAUCGACAAGCGUCCAUGA